CACAGCUAUCUAUAGAGAUUCUUUGAAAAAAGGCAUCAGUGCAUACGAUAUAUCUGUUUAUUUUUCAGAGCAUGACAUAGAUUCUAAACAAAUUAGUGAUGUUGAACUUUUGUUUGAAAGAAUAAAGAAUGUAUAUACGACUUUAGAUAAGUGGACUUCAUCUAGUCCUACCGAGGAUAAUUUAUCUGACGUUCCGGUACCUGUAAUACCCAAACCUAUAACAGUUGUUUCAUCAAAUACAUCGGCACCCCGGACGCCUUUAACUCCUUAUUAUAACGCACGACAACAAUAUAAUACUAUGCAAAUGUUGAAGCCUACCAUAAAUGAUAAAUCACAUUUUUCAUCAAAGUUAUCCAAACAACGUCUCCAACAGUUGAAAUCUUUUAGUGAAGAGCCUAUUGGUUCUAUUUUAUUACUUCUUGUGGCCGUUUAUUCUACUUUGUCAUUGGAUGAAUUUGCCCGUUUGGGGCCACAUAUCUGGAACAAAUUACUGAACGAUAGAGAACACAGACCUUUUGCCUCUGCAUCAUUUUUAUUUAUACAAUGCAGUGAAAAAUCUCCAGAUACUAUAAAGGAGCUAAUAAUGAAGGAUCUUUAUAGCACAAAUGUUUUAAUUCGUGCUAUUACAAUUCGUAAAAUCUCGUCUUUAUUUGGUCAUCGGAAUCAAUUGCUGACUCAACCAUAUGUAUCCGAGCCCGGUCGUAAGCGUCCUUUUCGUGCUCAGGCUCCGGCUAUUCCCUUUGUUCCUGCCGAGUUAGGAAGUCAAGAAAUGAUGUAUGAACCAUAUAGAAUACCAAAAAUGACAACACAGGAUACUUUAACCGCUGAUGUACGUAAAAUAAUUCAGGAGCUAAGCUGGGAGGAAGAUGAUAACAUUGAUGAUCAUAUUAAACGUAUAAAAACACCCAUAUCUGCUUUACCAACAUUUUAUCUCGAUGAAGAAGAAUUUAAAGCUGAAGAAGAAAUGUCAUUUCAAAUGGCCCAUGAAAAGGCUAUGAGUAUACGCAUUAGUGGUAAUCCACUUCAAAAAAACAAUAUGCAACUUACAAAUGCAAGUAAACGACGGGCAAUAUCGAUUCCAAUAUUAAGCUCUUUCUCCUUAAGACUUGUAGACUUGUUGGAUGACGCACAUGGUGGUGUGUGUAAUUUAACUAAAGAACUUAUAACUUAUUUCCUCAGGGACGAUCCGCAUUUGUUUCUUCGAAUCUUUUUUAGUGAUUUGGGUACAUCAAAUUUUGAUACCCAAAAAGAAUUGAUUUCAAGAAUCCGAUUUCUUAUUUCGAUGCAGCAU